AUGUACCAACAAGUCACGAACACGAACACGCGUGGUCCCUCUGCAACCCGGACAUCGGCUCUUGUGAGGAUUUUGGUAUAUCUGAUUUCGAAUAUCGCUGUUAUGCGUAGACGAGGACAGCGUAGCGAGCAACUAGACGCCAGGAUCCAUUUUACAGAUCCCAGGGUUCGCCCGUCAGUUUCUGAAUGUGGUUAUGGGCUCCCGAGACCCAUAAUUGAUUCUCGGAAAUAUGAAGUGAGCUUCUGGGACCAUUUUACUGUUCCUAAGAAGCCGCAAUCUAUUCUGCGACUGCAGCCUCCGAAGAGCAUCAAGAUCGACGACUGA